GCCAAACGGGCGAUUGGAGGUUUAUCAUAUCACCAAUACUUAUAACUGAUGAGGCACAUGCGCAAUCAGCUUUCCCUUACAGUCUAGCGCCAACUGAGCUCAAUCUUUAAACCGCGAGCAGCUGCAGACUGAUCAUCCGUUUGUUUGAGGCUGAAUCUCAUACACCGAGCUGGGCAGGAAAACUGUGCAAACUUCUGAUUCUGAUGACGAAUCAGAAGUUCAUCUGCUCUUUUUCGCACCUGAGCCGCUCUCAGUUUGACCAACACGACAAGGAUGGAAAGGUGAAAGUUCGGAUUUUCUAAAUCAGUAGUUUUAACGUGCGAUAAUCCGUACUACUGACAUAAACAGGGGAUGUGAGGGACAAGUUUGAAAACAGAAAAACUCAUAAAAAGGAGCUCAGCGGCGAGGAUGUACGCAGUCUGGAUAUUUCUCCUAUUCAUUGAGGAGGGAUUUGCACUGGCGCAAAAGAUUAAAGAUUCAGGUGCAGGGUCAAAAGCAGUUAACCCUUCUCUACGACCACAGCGUCACUGUGGAAACUGGGUACGAACCACUGAUGGCGGCACUUUCAGUUCCCCAAACUACCCAAAUACGUACCCUCCAAACAAGGAGUGCCUCUAUGUGCUGGAAGCCCUGCCUCGCCAGAGAAUAGAGCUGAUGUUUGACGAAGUCUUCCACGUCGAGGCGUCAUUCGAAUGUCGCUUCGACCACAUCGAAGUGCGGGACGGUCCCUUUAGUUUCUCCCCGCUCAUCAAUCGCUUCUGCGGCUCAGCCAGUCCUGGACUCAUCCUGUCCAGCGGACGCUUCAUGUGGAUCCGCUUCUUCAGUGAUGAAGAACUGGAGGGGACUGGCUUCCAGGUCCAGUACAGCUUUACUGCAGAUCCUGAAUUUCAUCUGCAUGUGGGAGGACUUUUAAACCCCAUCCCAGAUUGUCAGUUUGAGUUGUCUGGAGCUGACGGUGUGAUCCGUUCAAGUCAGGUGGACGAAGAGAACAAAGUGAAGCCAGACCAGGCAGUGGACUGCAUCUGGACUAUACGUGCCCCAACAAAGAACAGGAUUUACCUGCGAUUUUUGGAAUACCAGAUGGAAAACUCCAAUGAAUGUAAGAAGAACUUUGUGGCUGUUUAUGAUGGCAGUAAUGCCAUUGAGGAUCUAAAGGCCAAGUUUUGUAGUACAGUAGCUAAUGACAUUAUGCUGGACACUGGUGUGGGAGUAGUGAGGAUGUGGGCUGAUGAGACAAGCCGUCUCAGCCGCUUCCGGAUGCUGUUCACAUCUUUUGCUGACCCACCCUGUAUGGGCGGUGCGUUCUUUUGCCACACUAACAUGUGCAUCAACACUUCUCUGGUGUGCAACGGCAUACAAAACUGUGUCUUUCCUUGGGACGAAAGCAACUGCAAAGAGAAAAAGAACAAAGGUCUUUUUCACCAGAUCACAAAGACUCACGGGACAAUAAUCUGUGUGUCUACGGGGGUGGUGCUGUUACUCCUAAUUGUCUCCAUUCUGGUGCAAGUCAAGCAGCCACGUAAGAAGGUGUUGGUUCGUAAGAACAACUUGUUUCCUCGUGCUGACUUCCAGGAGGUGUUUGACCCUCCUCACUAUGAACUCUUUAAUCUCAGAGACAAGGAGAUUUCUUCAAGAGACCUUGGGGAGUUGUCAGAGGAGCUCCAGUCCCUACAAGCGCUCAGGAGGUCCUCGUCAGGAUCGCGCUGCAUACACGAACACCAUUGUGGCUCUCUGGCCUCUAUCAACUCCGUUAAAGGCAGCCUAGGGGCACAAGGCCUGGGAAGGGGAUCCAUGGAGCUUCCACCUUUCAGAGUAGACUUCCAAAACUCCUUGCCUCCCCUAAGAGAUUUCAACAGCAGUCUGAGGAAGAAAAGCUGGCCCAGUAUGAAAUCAGGCCGAAUACAGGGCCAUCAUGGUAUGGGAGAGAGAGCUCUGGGGCGGCAGGACAGAGUAAUGGAAGAGGAUGAAGAGGAGGAGGAGGACGGAAGGUAUGAUGUGUAUGUGCGUAGAGGCGGAAGCCGAAGAGGCUAUGAAAUGGCCCAGCAAAGAUCCCUGUCCAUGGACUUUUGAGGAGAAAAAACAAGAUCUGCGUUAGGGUAGGUAAACACUGCCUCAAUUUUAGGGAGGAGCUUUUCAAAUUUACAGGAAAAAGGAAAAAGAAAGAAAACCAAUGGCUUGUGCAAGUACACUUUCCUUCUUCUCAGUAAGGCUGGAAAACAUAGGCUCUGUUAAGGAGCAACAAGAAGAUCCUCAGGCACUGCCAAAUCUGCUUAUAUACUGAAACAGCAAACAGAGAGCUGUUAUCAAGUCUCUGACACCGGUGUAAAGGUGAAAGUAAAAGAAAAUGCUGUAUAGUGUUCUUGUCUUGAUGUAUUUUGUUGAAUACAUUUAACUGUAACGCGAAUAGAUGUUGUGGAAGUAUGUUUUGAGUCAGUGUGUAGAAGAAGUGUGAUUACAUUUUGAGUAUUAGUGAAAAAACUACAUUGGUUAAAAACAAUAAGGUAAUUUCCGCACCUCUGACUUAGGAAAAGUCAGCUCCGAGUUAAAGUCGGUUUUAGUUUUGCUGAAGGAAAGUCUGGUUGUUCUGCAAUCCCCUUUUGGGCACGUUGCACAGGUACACAGGUUGGAAAUUUUACAAUUAUGUCAAUCUUCAGUGACACACCUGACCUUAUGAAAACCAGAAAACAAGGUUUCUUUUUACAAUCUUUAAAAACAAAUGGGUUAUCAGACGUUAACACAGUGGGGGAAAAGCCAACAUAGUCCUGUUAAUUAGCAAGGAGGGUAUUUAGGAAUUAAACCAUUUAAUAAGAAAUAAAACCAUGUGAGUACUGACCUCAAAGAAAGUGUUUGAAUGGAGAAAGUUAGACAUGGUUUGCCUGGUUUCACAGUGGAUCUAAAAUGCUGUAUUCCAAUGUUUUCAUGUGUUGUGAUCUUAAACACAGUGUCUCUGAAAUUCCCACAGAACCUCUUACAUAACCUUGUAGCUGGCACAGACCUCAUUUGGAAAGCCUUGCGGUGUAGUCAGCAUACCUCUGCGGUUCAUUUGUCAUCCUCAAAAAAAUUCACUGGACCAAUAAUUAAUGGGGCAACAUAGUUUGUCUGCAAAGACAAAAGCCUGACAGUGCAUUCUCAGUGCUAGUGUGUGUGCUGGUAACACAGUGUUAUACAAUUCUCAUUUGACCUCUAAGUAUAGACUUAUAAACUCACGAUUAAAGAAUUCCAGUUAAGUUUCUAUGCACUGGCUACUUUGUACACAAUAAAAGCUAUGAUCAAACAAGUGAUAGAUAACAUAAAUGGGUCAGUCAUGAUAAUGUACUCUGUUUUAUAUGCUUCCAUAAGUUGACCUUGUUUGUAGGGAAUAUGAAUUCUCAGCUCCGGUACACAGUCUUUUUUUCCUUUUUUUAUCUCAAGAUCCAUGAAUAGGCACGAUAUCUGGAACACCUCAGGUAAUAAAUGACUCCAGAGAAAUAGGUCAAAAGGUACAGCAGAUCCAGGAUUAUUGCUAUAUAAUAACUCUCUGUGUGACAAUAGUUAAGCCUAUCUUCAAAGGUGUGUCUCAUUCUUUUCUCAGUUUGAUCAACGCUGGGAAAACAUCUGCACUAAGGAGCUAAAGAAGUUUAAGUUGGGUUUUUUUGUCUGAUUUUUUUUAGAUUGUUACAAGCCCUGUGUGCUUAUAGUCACCACAAAUAGUUUGAAAGCCAUAAUCAUUUGUUUGUUGUUUUUUUACUACUUUUAAUUCAUUUAUAAAAACAUUUUUACUUUGU